AGGCUGGCAGUCAGCAUAAGCUGCGCAUUGAGAUUGACCCCCUUUUCGCGGGGAUCCCUCGCAGCUUCGAACGAACACGACCCGCAGCAAAUUUGAACCUAUAAUUCGUGACAGUUUCAAUUAGAAACAGUAAGAUUUCCGAGAAAUAAUCUUCAUGCGCGGCGCUUGUGGUUGCAUUUCAUAUUUGUAGCGAAGGUGGAGCACGAGGCCGCCUGAGCUACAGUACUCGGAUUUAAUUCUACCAGCAAAAAUCGUCUUCGUCGCCCAAUAAGUUGUCAACCCCCAAAAUUAAACGUCGAACCAUGCAACUUGCUCGCUAUCUCCCCUCCGCGCUGAAAGCGCAGAUCAUUGCAGAAAACAAGUCCAAGGAGGAAACGAAGACGAAGUACGUCCGCCCGACGAAGACAAAGUCCACUUUAGCCGAUCCGCGGUUUUUAGGGACCUUUGAUUCCUGGUAUUUCAAGAUCCUGGACACCUCUUACCAAAGACUCGCGGUGUACGCCAUCGCCUUCUACGGAUCCAUUUGCCUCUCCUUCGCGCUUUUGACUCUCCCCUUCGUGAAAGACAACAUCCAAGUGCCCGGGACGAAUUUUCCCGCGACGGAGUCCAGCUACUUCGGCAUCGCGCUGAUCUGGUCGGUCACGCACGUCAUUACCAUGGGCUACGGGCAGUUUUUACCCUACGACUUUUCGGAGUAUCAAAUGUAAAAAUGUCUGGGUGGUCUGGAAGAUUCUGACACUUGUCAUGCACGUUUUGCAUGAGCCAUGAUGUCUGUGAUGCAUACCCUAGCAAUACAGAUUUUUUGAGGGCUUCUUGAUGCGUAUUCGGCAUGACAAAUGCCUUCUCAGCGUAGCAAGGAUUGCAUUCCCUUUGGUACUCAUGCAAUACAGAUUUUUUUGGAAUCCAAAUGCAGCAUCACAAGUUGCAUUCUUCCAGACCCAGACAUUUUUACAUUUGAUACGGAGAAUGAACCGCUGAUGGGGCUGUUUUUUCUCGCGACGGUUCAACAGUUCGCCGUAUCAACUGUAAAAAUGUCUGGGUCUGGAAGAGUGUUAAUCUUGUCAUGCAGGUUUUCCAUGACCCAUGAGGUCUGGAAUGCGGGACCUAGCAUGACGGAGUCUGUGAGGUCUCUGCUAUGCCUAUCCUGCAUGAGAAACUCCCUCCCAGCUUGGUCGACGCCCAGGUAUUGGCAGAGGCUAAAUCUGUUCUAACGCCCACCCGCCAGGAGUCAAAUGGUACUACUACUACUACUAACUUGGUCGAAAGUGGACAGCUUUUGGCCCUCAUGCAACACAGAUUUUCGCAUUCUUCGGAUUUAGCAUGACAAGUUGCAAUCUUCCAGACCCAGACAUUUUUGCAAUCUAUACGCCGGGAUCUUGAUCAACGUUCUCGCGUUUUCCAUCAUGGUCACGAAAAUACAGCACCCGAGUGCCGCGUAUGCAUUGCAAGUGUCUCUGGAUGUCUAGAAAGAAUGGGAUUUGUGUUGCUAACUUUCGAGCAUACAAAAACCUAUAUUGCAUGAGCAGCAAAAGGUACGCAGAUUUUUACCGUCCGAAGGGGGCAUGUCUCAUGCGGGGUAGGCAUGAGCAAGCCUCGGCUUCCGUUGAUAAAGCUGAGAUGCUAGUUAGUAGAGCAUGCAUCACAGGCGUCGCGGGUCAUGUACAAUUUGCAUGACAGAUUCCCCCAAUCAUCCACACCGAGACAUAGUUGCGAUGCAUACCGCGGUCGUCUUCGCGAAUCAAGCCCUCGUGACCACCCGGAACAACCAGCGCGUGUUGCUGUUCCGCUUAGGGAAUUUGCGCUGUAAUCACAUCUUCGUGCCGCAGGUGCGGUUGAGUGUGCUGAAAAUGGAGCAGACUUUGGAAGGGGAAACCUACAUGAAAUGGCUGCCGUUGUUGGUACAAGAUAACUUUGUUGGUUCUAGUCCUAAUUUCGCAUGAGAAAAUUCACCUGCACUGCAAAACCCGAAUGACGAAAUGAACUUUAUUUCAGGUCACCGAAAUCCCUCUCGUAACUGCGGUCUGCGUCGCCGAGCACGUGAUUACGAAGGAUUCUCCAUUGGCUGAUAUCUCGGAAGUGUACAUGGCGGAUCUCGCCAACAACACGGACUUCGCUCUCUCCCUCACCUUCACCGGCCGGGACGGGGUGUACCACGAUGAAAUUUGCGCCGCCCACCGGUACUUUCGAGAUGACAUCGUCUUCGGCAAGCUGCGGUUUGGCGACACGAUGGAGAAGAUCCCCGCGUCCUCCGACGGUUUCCGACCCGCCCGGGUGUUUGCGAAUUUCAACAAGAUCAGCGACUUUGUGGAGAUCGGCUCUGACAUCGGGGAUGACGACUUGGCGGAGUUGGGAGGUGAGGGCUUGGAGGUGAAGUCUAUGGACGGUGAUCAUUUCAUUCAGCCGAGUAUGAACAAGCAGGUCAUGACAUACGAAGGCGAGGCAGCUGCGCCGUCUUCCACCUCUAAUCAGCAGUUAAUGGUGACGAGCGGAUCUGAUGUCUCUCUCCAGCAGUUGCAGUUGAAUCAGCAGCAGUACAGCCAAAUUCAGAACUUCAUGCAGAUGAUCGAGCAGACGUUGGGGAAGGUGUCUAUGCAGUUGAAUCAAGUCCUCGGGUUAGUCCUGCACAACAACCAGAAACAGGACCAGCUGCUGACUUCUUCUGCGAAGUUGUCACAAGAUCUGUUGAUGAAUUCCACUUCCGCGGUGAUGAAACAACAACAGCAGCAGCAGCAACAGCCGGUGGCGGUCGAGAGUUAUGUGCAGCUUUCUGACAAUCAUAUUCAACAAACAAACCAUGACCAGCAGCUGCACCCUGGACUAUCAAAAUCGGGAAAGCUAAGUAAGGAAAACGAAUUUCAUUCCAAGCGGGCGGCGAACCUGUCCACGACGACGUCCUCCAUUUUUUCCACCGUGAUCAAGAACAAGUGCGACCGGUCGCUCGGUGGGCAAAGACACACGGUGAUGGGGACGACUAUGAAUUGCAAAAGUGUCUGGGUCUGGAAGCUUCUGAGAUUUGUCAUGCAGUUUUUCCAAGCUCCGCCAAGUCUCGAAUGCAGGGCCGAGCAUCACAGGUUCUGCAGCCCCUUGGUGAUGCCUAUUCUGCAUGACAAAUGCCCCCUCGGCAUGGCUAGAAAUGGGGAUCUUUUGCAAGUCAUGCAACACAGAUUUUUGUAAGAUCCGCAACACGCAUUACAAGUUCGCAUCCUUCCAGACCCAGACAUUUUUACAUUUGAUAACGACGAAUAAAGUGCAUAACUACCAGAUCCGCCCCUACGACAUUGAAAUCGCGUUCGGACAGAUCGCCCCCGACCAGUACUGCUUGCACGGCACGAACGUGGAUUUCACGCCGACCUGCAUUGACAAUCCGGAGCCAAACGUGGUGUACUUGUUCUGUGGAGGAGAUAUCCGGGGAAAAUCGAUUCCGAUGACAGCGGCAGGCUCAUCUGCGGGUACAACUAGUAGUGCGCAAGAUCACGACCAUUUGUGGCUGUUAGGUCAGGAGGUCGGCGGUCUCUUGGCGAAGUCCUGUUCGGUGUCUUCCGCUGUGGAUGCGCUGUUGAAAGCGGCGAAGAUCCCGCACCAAAUUAUCGUGUCGGACAUGGAGGACAAGCCGGAUUGGGUGGUGAAAGUCGGGAAAAAUUGCACCACGCCCGCGAUUAUCUACAACGGUAGGUAUUUGGAAGAGUCCUCGGACAUCCUGGAGUUGCUCUGUGAGGAGUUCGGGGAGUCGCAUUUCGCGAAAUUUCUGGAAAAGCCGGACAAGGAAGUAGUAGAGCGGGAGUUUGAAAAACGGAAAGAGAAGUUUUUGAAUGACGAAAGGGAAAAGUUGCGGAAAAAAAAGUUGGAGGAAAGGAAGAUUGCAAGGGAAAAGAGGAACAAGAAAAAUAAAGCUAGUAGUGCUGAUCAGGCACAACAACUUCAGGCAACAGAACCUGUCCCGCUUGUUUUGGGAGUCGACAGUGGAGAAGAGAACGCGGCUGGUACAACAAAAACUACAGACGGAAAGAUGAACACCAUCGAGAAGCAGUCAUCCAGCAGCGGCAUGACAAGCCUCAAAACGAUGCCCGUGGACAACGCGACAAACGGGGAUGUCGGUUCCAGUCCGAUUUCGAAAGAAACGGGAAACGAGCCAUCGGUGGGACAUCAAGCAAGCAAACCUCCUGUUUCGGUCCCCUCGACUCCAAAACCUCCAAUCACUGCAGCGCAUGACGACGACGACGACUCCCCGAAGUCCUGCGGAUUACCGAAGCGCCCCACCUCUCCCUGGGCAGUUCCGAACAAAAAGAAGACUUCCAAAGAACUACUACCCGGUUCUGGUGCAGCGACGCCGAAGCGCGGGACGAGCGGAGAGGUCGUGGCGCCGGCGGUAGGAGUGGGUGGAGCUGUCAGCAAGGAGGGAGAGCACAAAGAGGAGGCUCCGGAUUCUGUACUAGUUCCGGAUAAAGAUUCCCAAAUCGAGGAGCAAGACGAAGACAUCGUAAUCGACGACUCCGAGCUUCCUCCAUACGACGAGAACAACUUUCGCGACAAGCACCGCUACCUCCACAACCUCUGCCCCGAGGGGAUGCCGCUCCCGAAAUUUGUGAUGGGCGGGCUGGUAAACAUUUUAAUGACGGUAGUGAAAGUAAACGUGUGCUUGAAAAACACGACGGAAGUAUCCUGUGCAAAAACGUCCCCACCCCAUAGUCACGAUGGGGAAUCUGCUAGACAAAUCAAAAGGCUUUGGUUGUUGCGCAUGACAGGUUUGGUCUCGUAGUCAGUGCGCUCCUGUUUAGCUCGUUCAGCAGCAUGAGAGAUCUAGCCUCUGAUGCUGAUUGGAGCGUUAGAAAAUCCAAAGCACGAGUAGAGGGCGCUUCUCAUGUUGGGGCUCCGCAUGACAAACAUUUUGAGCAUGCAGAUCUGCAUGACAACUAUGGUGCGGGGAUGGUUUUACACAGGAUAGAAAGCGCUGACCGAGUACCACGAGGUGGAAAGUGAGAUUUCACAAUUGGAAGAGGAACUGACGAGCUUGCGGAACUCCCGUAACAAGGCGGUGAAUGCGAAUAACAGCAGGAGUAGCAAGAGCAGACCCUCUUCGUGGUCUUCACAGCAGAAAGAACGACCCAACGAACAAGGAGAGCAGGAACAAGCCCAGUAUGGUACUGCGGAAAGCGAGUGUGAAGCGAAGCUGAGCGAAUUACAGGAAAGAAAGCAGGAGUUGUUGAAAACCCUUGAGCAGAUGGACACGAUGCGGAAAACGGAGAUCCCGACCUUCAUCAAAAAGCUCCUCGACCUUUGGAGUUCCAUCGAUAAGGAGUACGAGAACCGGAAGGAUAAAACUUCUCUGUGGCUCUACGGCAACCGCAUGUCCUUAGACGAUGUCGUUAUUCUCGCGAUCCUGAACGUCUGUAGUGGUGCGUUGGCGUUCAUCUACCCCUACGAGAAAGUGGGGUUUCCGCCGCAAUUACCAGGGCUGGAUUUGGCGAAGAAACCGGUACUAUCGGAAGUAGGGGAAAAGGAGCAGGGAAAAGAAGCUGCGCUGGACGAAGAGGACCUACUGCUUCCCCCGCCCUACUACUUCAUCCACUCGAAUUUGAAGCCAAGAACUGCAUCGGGGGAGCUUAUCACGGAGAAGAAGUGGGAGGGUCGGGAUUUGCAGCUCCCGCCCGAUUGGAACGGAGAGGAGGGAACGACCGGGCUUUCCCCAGUGGCAGUGUUGUCCUCAGCAUCAGGAAAUGACAAUGAUGGUGAUGAGAACAACAACAUGAAAAAAUCCCCCCUUCGCUGGUCCAACGCCCGCCACUUUUGCUCCCCGAUCGAAACACUGCAAGUGGAGCAUUUAGGGAAAGCGCUGCAGCAAUUCGCCCAAACGGAUCUGUGUCGGGCGAUUGCCCCCGGGCCACUACCUGCGGUGUGGACGCGACAGUUCUUCGAACGGAAGUGCAAGAAGAUGUUCGGCGUGGAUUUACCGAAGAAUGAAACGGCGGAUCAGCUGGCGAUGCAGGCGUUUCAGUUUUUGAAGACCAUCCAGAACGAAAUCGUGAUCCCCGAAUUUAUUGCGGCCAAUGUGGAAGCGGAAAAGAGGUUGAAUUUGAAAAAGGGGGAAAAAGUCAUGGACGGGAACAGCAUUGACCUGAUGAACCACAUCAGCAGCUCUUUACCCACGAAUGGAACGGGAAAUGGGAGUAGCCCGGGAAAGUCGCAGAACAGCAGUGUGAUGGCGUUUAAGAAGAGACUACUCAAGCCGCCACUGUUCACGAAGAAUCCUUUGCUCGACGUGGUUGCAGCGAACAAGAAUUCUGUCCUGCAGGGCGGUGGUGAGCGAAGUGAAACUCCACCACCAGGAGCUUCGCGAUUUUUCGAAGACAUGAUCUUACUUGACGCGAGAUCGUUCCGGUUGAUUCAUUCGGAAAUCAUGCGGAUUGCCGCAGAUUGGAAUGACGAGUUUGAAGACUACUUGAGGGAGAACGGGGCGGAGAAUGUGUUCGACGGGAAGAAAUUUUUGCGGGAGAAAAUCUACCACAAAUUUGAAGAGGAUGAGGAAGAACAGGAAUACGACUACUACAAGUACGACGAAAAUUAUCUUCAGAACUUCUCUGUUGCGUCCUCUAUGAACACGGCGGAGCUGCACAAAAUGAAUUUUCCGCGCGGGGAUGAAAAUCUGCAAAAUCAACUACAAAGCAAUGGCUCUUCGCGAAACGAAAGCAAGACUCGGGGUGGCACAGCAGGUGCAGCUGAACAGACAGUGGAGCCGCACAACGACGCUUCUCGCCGCCACAGCUUCGGCGCUGCUUCUGUCGGGGCUGCUUCUGUCGGCGCUGCUUCAGCUUCUUCUUCGCAAAUGAACUUCAUGCUGCAAACACCGCAAACGCAACCAGGAAAUCUGAACCAGCACCUCGCACAGCCAGACCCACAGCAGCUGCAGUUUUCCACACCAGCUACUACUAAUCGUACGCCGAGUAAAACGUAUUUUGUUCAGUCGGGGGAAAAGCAGCACUACGGCGCGACGAAUAAUUACCACCUGCAAGAGACGCCGAUGUCGGUCACUGCUGCUCCGCCAGCCGUGAACCUCGUCGAUCCGACUGGUAUGACGAUGAGUAGUUCUUCUUCGCAGGGACAACAACUGCACUUGGGACCACAGCAAAUAUCCAACCGUUACGACCACGCACGGUACGGCGCGGCGGAGCAGCAACCAACCCGACUACAAGCUGCACCUGCGUAUGGUGCAGGAGGUGGUUUUAACGCUAAUGGAGUUUUGCCUGCACACGGCCAAUCGCAACAAGUGCAGCAGCAAGUGACGCCGAGGUACGACCCGCAAGUGUACGGCGCGACUAGCAGCUAUACCGGUGUAGGUGCAGCAUCAUCACAGAUGCCGCAAAUGCACAUGCAGUCCCCCGCACCUCCUCCACUGCCCCCAGCAGUGUACAACACCGGCCUUCAACCACACCACCCUGCUCCCCCAUCGAUGCCGUACCAACAACAACACCCAGCACCACCAUCACAUUCACAACAACUCAUGCAGGCUGUAGAAGAAAUGCCGCCACCACAGAUGCAGGCUCCAGCUCCUGUAACUGCAGCAGCUCCACCCCAAUUUCAGCCGUCGCAACAGCAACUCCAGCAAGACCACCAACGCGGGUCUUUAGUUCCAGGGGUGCCACCCGCCCUACCUCCUCAGCCGCAACCCUCACUCGCUUCUGCGGUGUCCUCGGAGAAACCAAAAUUUCGCCGGCAGGAGAGCACCGCGUCGAGCGCCAACAAGCCAAAGCUGAAACGCGGGGGAAGUUUGGCGGGGGCGAAUUUGUGCUUGUAAGAUUUUUGGAUGCAGCUUCGAGCAGCGUCGCAUUUAUAACAAAAAUGAAUCUACUUCCCAGGAAAGAACUUUCGAAUGUAAGAUUACCUAAGGCAAAAACAGAAGUUAUUUCCGCUGGUGGACCCUGAAUUUGGAUACUACGGCUCCUACAAGGCAAGUAGUCAUUGUCACUGAUGUAUUUUCCGUUUCACUGUCCUCGAGAUGAAAGCAAUGCAGCUGAAUCUCUGGUGCAAU